AUGCCCCACGCAGAGGUGGACCCCUUCUCCCCCACGUAUGGCGCCCUGCCCUGCUCCGUGGCUGUGACGAUCUGCGUGCCUCUGAAGGGGUGCACCACCGCCAGCAGCAACAUCACAGUCCUGCCAACUCCCACUGCGACUCUGGCGGGUGCGCCCUUCACUGCCAAGAUGCCCUAUCCAAGUGUUGUCAACCUGGAAGCUACUGACACUAAGUGCAACGUGCCGCCCUGCACCUACGAGUGGAUAACCACCCUACCGGAUGGCAGCAACGUCACCCGGACUGGCGCCAAGGUUCCCCUGGGCAUCGGCAGUAGCGAGGCAGUGGACCCCUACAAAUCCCCCUUCACAUCUUCCGAUGCCAACCUCACCGUGACACUGAAAGUCACUGACUCGUCAGUGCCGCCGCAAGUCUUGACCACCGCCACAAAGCUUCUGGUGCCGUCCCCGCUGUCCUUGCCAAACGCGUUCAGUGGGCUGCCCCCAACUGGCUCCGCCGUUGGCGGACCGUACCCAGUGCCGGUCAACCUGGCGGUCAAUACCUCUGGCAUCCCUCAGGGGUCCAAUUACACAUGGACGCUCAAGUGCCCGCCAGGCACGGCAGUGCCGACCGCCACCAGCACCUCCGCUAAUUUCAGCUUUGUCGUCGGCAGCGGCAAGGGCAACAAGGAGUGCGAGCUAGCCGUCACAGUCACUGCCCCCGGAAACCAGACCAUGUCGGCCAGCAGUAAUGUCACGUACUUGGCCCCUCCUGGUCCCUCAAGCAUCGCCGGUGCGCCGUUCCAGAUCGGCCCGGAUUAUCCCGCUCAGACCACCUUUGACGCCGGCAACGCGUCAUGCGCCAGCCCGCCAUGCACAUACCAGUGGGCUGUCGACUGCGCGGACGGUCGCAGCGCCAAGCUGGACGGCAAGAAAGUCCCUGUGCUGAUUGGCGACAGCCCUUCCGCCACCAUCAACCCUUUCAAGCCUACGCGCGUGGAGGAGAUCACUGAAUGCAAUGUGACGCUGACCGUCACAGACUCGUCCAAGCCGCCCCAGACCACAAAGACUUCAACUGCCCUCACGUUGUACCCCUCGGGCCCGACCGUCACCCUCAUCAACGCGCCCUACGCCGCGGUUGCCGGCGAGACUGUGGGGAUGGCCGGAACCGCAAAGUGCACCGAUGCGCCCUGCACGUAUGCGUGGACCAUUGACUGCCCCGCGCAGGGCGCGCUGCUGCCUCAGUCCAAGGUUUUGCAGGGUCUUGUGUUUAAUGUCAGCACUGGCGCCAACUUGGAUGCCAACAGCACCAACCUCAUCAACACCAACGGGUUGACGGCGGCGCUGGUUUGCUCUGUGCGGCUGCGGGCUGCAGACUCCAAGAGUGUCACUGCAAGCGCCAAGACCACCCUCACGGUGUACCCCCUCUCGGCUUCAAACAUCACCUCGUGCGGCGGGACCCCGAUUGCGAUCAAGGGCAUCAAUAAUGGUGACGUCAUUCGGAUGCGCCCCGCUUCUGUCGCCAUGCUUAAGGCGCAGAGCAACGGCGCCAACUGCGCCUCCAAAAAGGCCCUCCGACGCGGCAAGAAGCAGAAGAUCCAGGCCUCAGUGACCAUCCCGCCUUUUGCAGACGCCACUGGCCGGAUGGUGUAUCCCACAAUCACGGGUAUCAUGGUCAACCAGGCGGAGAACGCAUGCAAGACAUGCCGCAAGACCCCAUCCGACAACUGCGCUUGCAUUCCAGAUGGCAUCAUCGCAACCGCCGGCCAGGCCGCGCUGCUUAUGCCGGGCGUCUCACCGUCCCCAAACACCGCCGCUGGACGUGUGAGCGGUCGCCAAUACCUGCUGCGCUUCACCGGGCUUGUGAGGGAGACUGGCGCAACGUGCGAGGGCUUUGCGCCCGUCUGCAUCUUCAAGGCCAAGCGCGUGAAGAAGGGCGUAACGCCUCCGACGUGCCAGCCAUUCGGGUCAUCAGGCACUGUCAGAGAUGCAACUUUGUGCAAAAACGGCACCACUGCAUUCGCCGCUGUGGACGCACUGGACGCAACGGAUGCUGACGUGGCGGAAGUGGAGAUGCUGCUGCCAGAGACCGAGGACCUCGGAGUUUGA